GGCUGCGGAGGGGCCGCCAUGGUGUGCGACAAGUGUGAGAAGAAGCUUGGAACAGUGAUCACUCCUGAUACGUGGAAAGAUGGUGCAAGAAACACUACAGAAAGCGGUGGUCGCAAAUUAAAUGAAAACAAGGCAUUGACCUCAAAGAAGGCAAGGUUUGAUCCUUAUGGAAAAAACAAGUUUGCAAUAUGUCGGAUUUGUAAGAGUUCUGUCCAUCAGCCAGGGUCCCACUAUUGUCAAGGAUGUGCCUAUAAAAAAGGCAUCUGCUCAAUGUGUGGCAAGAAGGUCUUGGAUACGAAGAACUACAAGCAAACAUCUGUCUAAUUGUACUGACUAGUCUUUUUAUGAACUUUAGCUUCUGUGUCUUUGUACAGUAACUUUCCUCUAAAAUAAUUUGUGAAUAUUACUUUCUGGAAGAAAAGUAAUGUACUUUUUCUGGAAGAUAGUACAUUUACUUGGAAUGAGAGGUAAAGAUAGCCUGCUUGCCUAAAAUGUACAUAAUAUUUGAUUAUUAUUGUUUUAGCACUAAUAUUAACUGGUAUUUAAAGGUAAUGGCUUUCAGCAAUUGAUACAGUUCAAAGGGAAGGAGAAGAUCUGAGUGGAUAGGUUGAAACCUCAGAACACAGAUCUUUGAGUUUAAUACUUUUUUUCCCUAUCACGAGUCUUCUGCUUAUCUCAUGGUAGUGUUUUGUACAUGUAUAAAAUAUGAACUUGCAUCACCUCAUUAAAGUAUCUUCAUUUAAUUGUAUGCCUAUAAGUAUUUGUAAUUAUUCUUCAUCCCAAACUAUUAUGACCUUGCUCUUCAGAUUUUAAUGCAAUUGUCCUGUUGUAUUUUGUUUCUGACUACAGUAUGGUUGGUUAAAUCACAAAUGGUUAAGCUAGUGAAAUCUGGUGUGUUGUCCUGCCACUUCUUUCUUUGGCAUUGUUGUGGUUUAGCCCCAGCCAGCAACCAAGCCCCAUGGAGCUGCUGCCUCACUCCCCCACAGUCAGGGCUGGGGAGAGAAUUGGAAGGGUAAAAGCUUGAAAACUUGUGGGAUAAAGAUAGUUUAAUAGGAAAAACAAAACAAAGAAUUAAUUCACUAUUUCCCAUGGGCAGGCAGGUGUUCAGCCAUCUUCAGGAGAGCAGGGCCCCGUCACCUGUUAUGAUUUCUUGGGAAGACAAACCCAUCACUCAGAAUGUACUCCCUUCCUUCUCCCACUUUAUACACUGAGCAUGGUGUCAUAUGGACUGGACUAUCCCUUUGGUCAGUUGGGGUCACCUGUCCUGGCUGUGUCUCCUCCCAGCCUCCCAGAUAGCCCCAACUUCCUUGCCAGUGUGGCAGUACAAAAGGCAGAAGAGGCCUUGGCUCUGUGUAAGCCCUGCUCAGCAAUAACAAACAUAUCUCUGUAUUAUCAACUCUGUGUUCAGCACAAAUCCAGAACACAGCACCAAUAAGCCACUAACGCUGAAGAAAACUUAUCUCCACCCCAUCCAAAACCAUCACAGGCAUUAGGACUGAUCAGCUAUUCCCAUGUUAGCCUCCAAGGAGACUUUACCUAUGGUAUCAGGUAGCCCAAGGCAAUAAAAUAAUGAGCAUCAAUUUCUAAAUAUCUCAGUCUCAUAAUUUUCUAGGUUCUGUCUUUUAAAUACGUGGUUUAAAUUCUAUGAUGUAAUUACUUAUAUACAUGUCAAAUUUAAAAGAUCAAAGCAGGCUGCCUGCUUUUCAGCUCUGGUUUGAUACAAGAAGUUAGUCUCUGAACAUGAGAGGCUGACUGUGGCUCUGCAAUUCUUUUGACCUGUGUUUAGUUUCUACAUAUUAAAGCAAUUUCUGUUAUGGAGCAUAAUAAUUACUCCCUCUGCAUGUAUUUUAAGAAUCAUUCAUUCUUAGUUCUUAAUAAAUGGUUUAAUUUUUAAUUCAUUCUUAA